AUGGCGGACGGCGGCGGGAGCGGCCGGGGGCCGCCGUGCCCCGGGGCGGACGCGGCGCUGCGGCGCUGGGAGCAGCUGCGGCGGCGGGCGGCGGCGGCGGCGCCGUGGGCCCGCGGGCUCUUGGCCGUGGCCGCCGGGCUCGGCCUCUUCUACGUGGUGCUGCGGGUGCCGCUGCGGCUCCGGGACAGCCUGGCGGCCGUGACUGUGUUCUUAAGCACUUUGACUCCGAAAUUCUACUUUGCCCUUACAGUGACUUCGUCUUUUAUAUCCGGACUGAUAUUUGUGUUUGAGUGGUGGCAUUUCCGAAAAUACGGCACGUCUUUCAUUGAGCAGGUUUCUGUGAGUCAUUUGAGGCCCCUCAUCGGUGGCGCAGAAAGCAGCCCUCCAGCACCGGCAGCAUUCUCUGCUGGAGAGAAUGAGACAAGCAGGCAGAAUAUGCCAGAGUGCAAAGUAUGGCGAAAUCCUCUCAAUCUUUUCAGAGGGGCAGAGUAUAGCAGAUACAUGUGGGUGACUGGGAAGGAGCCUCUUACAUACUAUGACAUGAAUUUGUCUGCUCAAGAUCAUCAAAACUUUUUCACGUGUGAUACAGAUGCUCUUCGGCCUUCAGAUACAGUUAUGCAGAAAGCAUGGCGAGAGAGAAACCCUCAAGCCCGGAUUAAAGCAGCAUAUCAAGCUUUAGAGCUGAACAAUGAUUGUGCCACUGCAUAUGUCCUCCUGGCUGAGGAAGAAGCAACAACUAUUGUGGAUGCUGAGAAGUAUUUCAAGCAGGCUCUGAAAGCAGGAGAAAUGAUUUACAGAAAGUCUCAGAACUGCCAUUCCCAAAGUCCCCAGCACGAAGCACAGCUGAGAAGAGACACCAAUGUAUUGGUAUAUGUGAAAAGGAGACUAGCUAUGUGUGCAAGAAAACUUGGAAGAAUACGAGAAGCAGUCAAAAUGAUGAGAGAUUUGAUGAAAGAGUUUCCACUUCUCAGCAUGCUGAAUAUUCAUGAAAACCUCCUGGAGGCACUGCUGGAGUUACAGGCUUAUGCAGAUGUCCAGGCAGUUUUAGCGAAGUAUGAUGAUAUCAGUCUUCCAAAAUCGGCAGCAAUAUGUUACACAGCAGCCCUGUUAAAAGCCAGAGCUGUUUCAGAAAGGUUCUCCCCAGAAACUGCCUCCAAAAGAGGGCUUAGUACAGCAGAAAUUAAUGCUGUGGAAGCAAUUCACAGAGCUGUGGAAUUUAACCCUCAUGUUCCAAAGUACUUACUAGAAAUGAAAAGCUUAGUGCUACCUCCAGAGCAUAUUCUGAAACGAGGGGACAGUGAGGCAGUAGCAUAUGCUUUUUUUCACCUCCAGCACUGGAAGAGGAUAGAAGGGGCUCUAAAUUUGCUACACUGCACAUGGGAAGGCACAUUUAGGAUGAUCCCAUACCCGUUGGAGAAAGGUCAUCUUUUCUAUCCCUAUCCGAGUUGCACAGAAACAGCAGACAGAGAACUGUUGCCAACAUUUCAUGAAGUCUCCGUUUACCCACAGAAGGAACUUCCCUUUUUCAUCCAUUUUACAGCAGGCCUAUGUUCCUUUUCGGCAAUGCUUGCCCUCCUUACGCACCAGUUCCCUGAGCUGAUGGUCAUUUUUGCUAAAGCUAUUAUUGUACUCUUGAUCCCAUUCCUGAUGUUUUCAGAAGCAUUCAGAAAACUUGUGCUGCGGGUGCUGUGGCCUGUGAGUGCUCCCAGCGUUCUGGCCUCCAGCUGAGUGGACUGCGCCAGGGUGCUUUGGGACUCUUCUUUCACCCUUCAGCUUCAUUAUGGAAAACAUCGAGGUCCUCCUUUCUGCCAUCAGUCAACUCCAGUGAGACUGGAGUGUGCUUUCCACGAUGGUUCGAUUUCGUUGUUCUCACGGGCCCUGGUGGUUAGCUGACCCCCAGAUGUGAGGGGCAAGGAAGAAAGCUGUGUUAUUCAAACUACUAUCUUUGACAGGCUUCCAUGUUGGUAAUGGUGCUUAACGUAUGAAUUUCUUCUUUGGCCUGAGUCUGUAAUCAUCUAAGAAAAGAGUUUUUGUUGAGCAAUACCUUAUUGCUCUCUUAAUCACUUGUACAACUGGAAGCUAAUACUUCCUCUGUAAGAAAGGAGAGGACACAAACUGAGCAGAUGUUUGGAGUAUUGACACUUCCUUCUCAGCUGCAGAUGCACCAGAUAAUUGGCUUAGAUUUAAUUUUAUAAGCCUUUUUCAAAGUGUUUGUUAACAGCAAAGUAUGGUUCUGCUUUCUUUAUUAAAAGGUUGCUUCUUAACAC